UUUGUUCAUCAUGCUUGGAACUUUGCUCCUUAACCUUAAAAUAAGCAUACAGUUUUUAAGUAACCUCUAAAUUAAAAAUGGCAGAGUUAGAAUUAACGGAGGAAGAUUUAACACAAAAACAUAAAAAAGAACGAAAGGAAUUACAAGCACAAAUACAAACGUUGAAAAAGUCAAUUUGCAAGGGUGAUAAGAAGAAAAAAAGAGAAGUGACUGAGGAAAUUGGUCGUUUAGAAGAAGCUUUAGACAAGAAACAAGAAGAAGAGUUAACUAGAUGGAAAGUUGCACAUCUUAAUAUAAAUAAUGUGGAAAAUGAAAAUGCAGAAAAUAGUAACAAUGAAAGCACAAAUGACAAUAAACAAUGUGAUCAGCUAACACAAAGAGUUUCUAAGGCACAAAAGAGGAGAGACAAGAAAGCAAAUGCAGAGAAGGAACGGAAUCAGAGAAUCAUAGAAGAAGAAGCAUUAAAUGUUUUUGGAAAGAGGAAUGUAGAAUUACAAACGAUUAAGAAAAUUCUUUGUGAACGUGGUUUAAUGAUUUAUGAAAUUCCAAGUGAUGGUCAUUGCUUAUACAAUGCUGUUGCACAUCAGUUGAAGGUUAUAGGAGAAACUCCAUUAAAUUUGCAUGAUCUCAGAACAAAAACUGCUGUACACUUAAGGGAAAAUAUGAAUGAAUUUUUGCCAUUCAUUUCCAAUCCAGAUUCUGAUGAUUUUCUUUCACCAGAGCAAUAUGAAAAAUAUUGUGAUGAUGUUGCCAAUACAAGUGCUUGGGGAGGAGCUAUUGAGCUACAAGUUCUUUCGCAUGUACUGAAAUGUCCAAUAGAAGUCAUUCAGGCAUCAGGUGCACCAUAUGUUAUUGGUGAUAACUAUAAUAAUGAAAAAAAAAUGAUAGUGACUUAUCACAGACACAUGUAUGAAUUAGGUGCUCAUUAUAAUUCUGUCACCAAAUAUGUUAAAGAAGAAGAGAGCUGAUAAAGAUGGAUAUCAUAUUUGGCUAAUAUUUGCAAUGGAGAAAUUGAGCACACCUAUUAGCAUAUUUUAUUAUGAUGCAAUAUAUGAACCAUUUAAAGA